AUGAGGAUCGGCGGCGGGAGUGUUCCGGCAACGGUGGUGACGGUGGCAGUGGCCGUGAAGAGCGCAGAAGGCAAAGGUAGUCAAAGAGCAGUACGGUGGGCGGUGGAGAAUUUGAUGCCAAAAGCUGAUCGUUUUGUUCUAGUUCAUAUCAUGCCCAGUAUCACUUCAAUCCCUACUCCAUCAGGAAGUAGCAUUCCGAUCAAGGAGCUGGACACAAGUGUGGUGGAAAUAUAUAUGCAAGAUAUGAAGGCAAAAUGUGAAGAAAUGUUAACACCAUUUAAGUUUUCAUAUAAGAUGCCAAAGAUGGAAAGUUUAUUGCUCGAAGGGGACAAUCCAGCAUUUGCGCUUCUCAGAUAUAUAUCUGACUCAAGGGUGACAAGUUUAGUGUUGGGAUCUUGCUCCUCUAAUUAUUUUACAAGGAAACAAAAGGACAUGGAGGUGCCAUCAAUUGUUCUCAAACAUGCUCCUGAUAGUUGCAACAUUUAUGUGAUCUCUAGAAAUAAGUUCAUUACAAAUUCACGAAAUCCUAUUUUAAGUACUGAGGGGGAAUAUGAUUCUCAUGCAAUUAGUAAACAACACUCUAGUCUCUCUUCUUCCUCCACAGAGUCCAAAGAUCUGAGCAGCCUCUCAGAUCUUAGCCACCUAAUUUCCCAGGCACACAUACUUGGGUACUCCUCUAUGUAUUACACUGCUGCUCAAGGAGGAACUCGUCAAAUAUUGGAUGAUAGUAUCCCAGAUAUCCAGGCAAUUAAGGGAUGUACUCCUUCAUCUUCUACAUACUCCGAGCAGGCUGAAAUCGAACAAUUGCGCCUGGAGUUGGACAAUACUAUCACCCUGUACGGUCAAGCUUUUGAAGGCCUUGUCCAUGCACAGAGCAAGGUUCACUUGCUUUCUUCGGAGUGGAAUGAAGAUGCAAGAAGAGUCAAUGCUGCACAGGAAAGAGAAGAAAGUUCAAGGAAAAUUGCCUCUGAAGAGAGAGAGAAGCAUUUGGAAGCUGAGGAGGAGGUUGUCAUAGCAAGAAAAUUGCUAGCUGAAGAGGCAUACAAAAGAGAGAUGGCAGAACUGAAAGCCAUGAAAGAGUCAUUGGAGAAGCAGAAAAUUGCUGAUGCACUUUUCUCAACUGACAGUAGGUAUAGAAGGUACACAAGAAAUGAGAUCGAGGUUGCAACUGAUUUCUUCUCCGAAGCUAGAAUGAUUGGUGAAGGAGCGUAUGGGAAAGUAUACAAAUGCAAACUUGAUCACACCCUGGUCGCUAUUAAAGUUCUUCGGCCUGAUGCAUGUAACAGGAAAGAGGAAUUUAUGAGAGAGAUUGAAGUUCUAAGCCAUUUCCACCAUCCUCACAUCGUUUUACUGCUUGGAGCCUGCCCAGAUAAUGGUUGCCUUGUUUAUGAGUAUAUGGAGAACGGAAGCUUGGAAGACCAUAUGUUUUGCAGAAACGGCCGACCUCCUCUUCCAUGGUUUGUCAGGUUCCGGGUAGCUUUUGAAAUAGCAUGUGGACUUGCAUUUCUACAUUACUCAAAGCCAGAGCCUAUUGUUCACCGGGAUCUAAAACCUGGAAAUAUAUUGCUAGACAAACAUUAUGUAAGCAAAAUUGGAGAUGUGGGCCUGGCAAAAAUGAUUUACGAUGCUGUGCCUGACAACAUUACAGAAUAUAGGGAAUCCAUUAUUGCCGGCACCUUAUAUUAUAUGGAUCCUGAGUAUCAAAGAACUGGAACUCUCCGGCCAAAAUCUGAUUUGUAUUCUUUUGGAAUACUAACUCUCCAGUUAUUGGCUGCUAGUCGUCCUGAUGGGCUUAUACUGAAAUUCGAAAAUGCUUUAAGCAGCGGUGCCUUAUCAGAUAUGCUCGAUACGUCAGUUACAGAUUGGCCAUUGGCUGAGGCAGAAGAAUUAGCAAAGAUUGCGUUGAGCUGCUGUAAACUUAGAUGCAGAGAACGGCCAGAUCUUGAAUCUGAAGUUUUGCCGGCUUUGAAUAGACUUGCUAAAUUUGCAGAUUCAAGUAUUCAGGCAUUGAAAGAACAAAUUCAUGCCCCUAGCCACUACUAUUGCCCGAUCCUUCAGGAAGUUAUGGACAACCCAUACAUAGCAGCAGAUGGUUUUACAUAUGAGCAUGAAGCAAUAAAGGCAUGGCUCGACCGGCAUAACAUAUCUCCAGUGACAAAGCAAAGACUACAACACAAGAUGCUAACUCCAAAUCACACGUUACGAUCUGCCAUUCACGGGUGGAGGACGACAUGA